ACUGGUGGACGGAGUCAGAGCUCAGGGAUUCCCCCACAGAUAGCCCGGUGGGAGAGUAGCGGAGAGACCGAGGGUUCCCAGGUGCAGCUACUAUCGGAGGGACUGAGAGACAGUGGGAGCGGAGGUGCCCGCUGACUUACCCGGCGGCGGGUGGCUGUACAGUACUGGAGGACUGGAGAGCGGAGCUAUUGAGACCAGCAGCGCUGAAUGGUGCGGCAGAGUGGUUAUUGUACCUCCCUCUGGCUGCAGGGUAGCCGAGAUCCCUGGCAACACAACAGACCGGGAGCCCUUCCAGCGGUAGCAACAAAGGAAGUGAUGGUGGUUCAGACCUAGAGACUACAUAAUGUGGCUGAAGUAUCUUAUACAGAUGGUGACGCUGAUUUAUGUUGUAAGAGCCAUCUCCGGAACAAAGACUUACUCCAAGGGGCGGCACAUGGCCUCUGUCUUUUCAGACUUGACUUCCGAUGAGAUGAAAUCUGUGCAGAGCUUCCUCAUGGACCAGCAGCAGCUGAAAUUAGUCCCAAUUCGAAGCAGCUUCGGCAAAAACACGAUAUUUAUGAUGGAGCUCAAUUUGCCAAAAAAGAGCAACGUUCUGAACUUCCUGGACAAUUAUGGCCGUAAGCCCCAACGUGAGGCCAAAGUUGUCAUAUUCUUUGGAGACCAGCCCCAGCCCAAUAUCACAGAAUAUAUCGUUGGUCCCCUUCCUCACCCAUACUAUUACCGCCCACUGACUCCCCGAGGGCACAAGGCAAUUAGAUUUGAGUCACGGCCAAUGACUUACAUGGAAUAUGACAAGAUUCAGAAGAAGUUGGUUGAGGUCACGAAGAGCUUCAACCACAUACUGCUGGAGAUAUCUGGGUUCUCCUUUUACAACUGCUCGGAACAUUGUCUGACUUUCACCGACAUCGCUCCUCGCGGCCUGAGCUCCGGAGAACGCAGGUCAUGGAUCAUACUGCAGAAAUUCGUUGAUGGGUUCUUCCUCCAUCCUAUUGGAUUUGAGCUCCUGCUUAACCAUCGCUCUCUCAACCCCAAAGAGUGGACAGUAGAGAAGAUCUGGUAUAAUGGGCAAUACUUUGAUAGUGUAAAGGAGCUGAUUAGAAAGUAUGAGAAGAAUGAGCUGACCAAGCUGCAUAUACCGGAUUUUGGAGACAAAGACCCCUACUCUACCUUCAUCCCACGGGGAGAGUUCAAGACAAGGACAGAUAUUCAUGGGGCGAAAAUAUGUGAGCCCCAAGGCAAACGCUACAGAGUGAUGGGGAACUAUGUGGAAUAUACAGGGUGGAGCUUUGCUUACCGGGUCCGUCCGUCGGCUGGCCUGCAGAUAUUUGACAUACAGUAUAACAAUGAGCGGAUAGCCUAUGAGUUGAGCAUACAGGAAGCUAUUGCUUUUUACAGCGGUGUCAGCCCAGCCGCCAUGCAAACUAAAUACAUUGAUUCUGGUUGGGGGAUGGGCACUGUACAUUAUGAACUGGCCAAAGGAAUAGACUGCCCUGAAGUAGCCACUUACGUGGACCUCUACAACUUCUAUGAUACAAACCAGCCGGUUCACUACAAGAACGCUCUGUGCAUCUUCGAGAUGCCCACCGGGAUCCCUUUACGUCGGCACUUUGACAGCAACCAAAAUGGUGGAUAUAACUUCUUUGCUGGAGUGGAGAAUCAUGUUCUGGUGGUGAGGACCACGUCCACCGUUUAUAACUAUGACUACAUCUGGGACUUUCUCUUCUACCAGAAUGGGGUGAUAGAGGUAAAAGUCCAUGCUACUGGGUACAUCCAUGCCACCUUCUUCACCCCUGAUGGCCUCCACUAUGGUAGCAAGGUCUACAGCCACGUCCUGGGGAACCUGCACACCCACCUGGUGAACUAUAAGGUGGACCUGGACAUUUCAGGUGUGGAAAACAGCUUUGAAACCGUUGACCUGAAGUAUGAGAACAUAUCGAACCCCUGGAGUCCAGGUCACUUCAUUGUCCAGUCCCGCAUGCACCAGGUGCCGAGAACCAGCGAGAAGCAGGCCGCCUUCAAGUUUGGUACGCCUGUCCCCAGGUAUUUGAUAUUUCAAAAUCCCAACAAGAGGAACAAGUGGGGACAUCAUAAAAGUUACCGAAUCCAGUACAACUCCCACGGUCACAGCGUUCUGCCGCGGAGAUGGAGCGAGGAGAAAGGGGUCGCAUGGUCCAGAUACAGCCUGGCGGUGACACGACACAGCGAAUCGGAGCUCAGCAGUACCAGUAUAUACAGUCAGUGCGACCCGUGGGAGCCCACAGUCUACUUCGAGAAUUUCAUCCGCAACAACGAGGACAUUGUAAACACAGACCUUGUUGCCUGGGUGACUGUAGGGUUCCUGCACAUCCCCCACGCUGAGGACAUCCCCAAUACUUCCACUCCUGGAAACGCAGUGGGCUUCUUCCUCCGCCCUUUCAACUUCUUUAAUGAGGACCCAUCCGUGGCCAGCAGGAGCACCGUCAUUGUAAGACCUACAGACGCGACCUUCACUAAGGUGAACAUUGAACGCUGGACCCCUGAAGUCAUUGGUAGCUGUGUGUCGGACAAACCCUUCCAUUACAAUGGAACUUACUUCUCUGACUGAAUCCAGAGGAGGCACCUAAAAUAAGCACUUGGGGGCUGAGGAGGAAGGAGAACCUGGAGACCUGAAGCAGAACAGUGAGGCCAAAUAGCCCACCCGAGAAAGCCACAUGAUUGUAUGCUCCACCAUUCCUAGAACCUUCACCAUAGGGACACUUCUUGAUAAAUGUGGAUGGAAUAUUCCAUCCUCUGACCACCACGGACACACACGAGAGGUGCAGACACUGUUUUAUAUAUUUUAUUUGGAAUUGGAUUAGGAUUUUUCACACUCAUCUCAAUUAAAUACACAAGUGUGCAAAA